UCUCGCAACACUUUGGACAUCCUUCUGUUAGUUUAGCUUACCUCCGUUAAAGUUGUGCUGACUGCACACUUGCAUAGAAGAUUCAAACACUUACAAUUUUGCCUGAGAGGACCGCUUGAAUCCAACACUGGAAAAGUGAUGUCGUUUACAUCCAAGGUUCCUGCAUCCUGGAAUGACAGAACUCCUACCAGGAAGGUUGAAAUUGACCUUAACUCACCCGGUUUAGCAGUGUUUGAGUUGGAAAGACUCUUGUUUACUGGCAAAGUCAUCGUCAGCCAUGCAGACGAAGUGUGGCCCAGGCUCUACAUUGGUGAUCAGCACAGUGCAGAGAACAGGAAUGAUUUAUCCAGACAUGGAAUCACUCAUAUCCUGAAUGCAGCUCACAGUAAACGUCAAGAAUGUCCUGACAUCUACCAGGGAAUGAAUAUCUCCUAUAUGGGAAUUGAGGCAAAUGACUCAUGUAACUUUGACAUGAGUGUGAACUUCCAGGCAGCUGCGGACUUUAUUCACAUGGCUCUUAGCAGGGGAGGUCAAGUUCUAGUGCAUUGUCAUGUAGGAGUGAGCCGUUCUGCCACUCUGGUCCUGGCGUACUUGAUGCUGAAGCAGAGGCUCACCCUCGUGGAGGCGAUAUGUGCUGUGAAAGAGAACAGGGGGGUCAUACCGAACAGAGGUUUCCUCCGACAACUUAUCCAUCUGGAUAGGCAACUUUUUGGCACACAUAACUGAAGUCAGAAACGGGGGUGCUGCCGUGGAUGUGGUUACCCAAGACAAAAAGUCCCUUUCGACCUCCCAUUUCAAUGCUGCAAAUUGAAAAUAUUAUUUUCUAGGGCCCCUUUCAAUCAAUGGUAUUUAGAAUCAUUUCAUUCAUCAUCACUUUUCUUCCCCUUAUUGCAACGCUUCUAUGUUUGCAUCAUGCACCGUCUUUUUUAAAAAAAAAAUUAAUA